AUGUACGCCAAACCGUCCGAGCCGGGACGUGACCCGGCUCCCAUUCAGUGGAUUUCGCAAUCCCGAGAGCCAGUAAAACCUCUUGAUCAGGGACCUUCAAAUGUAGCGACGGCUUUACCACCGGAUGCCUGUUGUCAACUGCUGGGUUCGACUCCCGAGGUUCUAGCCUUUCAAUACCGAAGCGGCCUGCAAGAGAAUGAGGGCACCCUGUGGGAUGUCGUUAAUCCAACUCGGAAGUUCGCGACCCUUUCUGCGGAUACACCGGCAGCGUGGCCCAGCUUCCAAGGAGUUGGGAGCAUUAGCCAAAACCCAAUCACGCACCUCAAUCAUCAUCAGCAAGAGUUCUCAGCGCCGGAAGCCAAUACUCCUUCAAGCAUUCAGCCUGUAACACAAGAAGAAUCAAUCCCACAUAGAGACAAGCGGCAAAAGUUGGCAGGCCUGACCUUCGGAGGUCACCAGCAAUCCAAUUUCCACACAGGAGACUUAUCUACGUCGGAACCCACAGAGUGGUUCUCAACCGCUUCUAACUUGGGAGAAUCAUUCAGUCAUCAGGCGGAAGCUCAUCUUCACCCUUUCGAGCCAUCAACUGAACAAACUUCAUACAUUGCACUUCCUCAACAUCCUGUCUAUGACAGUUCACACUCGGCUGGCUUAGCUAGCUAUGAACCAGGAAACACAUUCACUUCAGCCUCCACAUCAAAUGGCCCCGACCCAAAUUACCAUCCUGACUCAAGAAGCAGCCAUUUUGACAACUCACUCUUAUGGCCGUCUAAUUUGGAUAGAGUUCAUGAACAACAGAGAUUGAAAGAAUUAGACGAAUGGCUGAACGGAUCCGACUACCUGCAAACAAUCGUAAACCCAAUUGAGGAUCACCAGGAGGAACAGUAUGCAAGAUCUGUUUUGGUUCCAAAAGCUCCCAACAUCGAUGGCCGCGAAGAAUCUAAUUUGGCUGGGAGCGCAUCCAUCUCACCCCUGUUGCUGGAUCACGACAUUCUCCGUGAUGCAAGUAAACAGAUUGAGGCCUCACAUGGCGUCAGAUCCGAUUUCCAGCCCCCAACCCUGAAACCUACUGGGAUUCACACAGAGGCUCGCUCUUCGAUAUCUGAAGUUAGCUCAGAAGUUUCCGAACCCAGACGCGACCUCGAACACCAGCAUGCUGCUCGACAGGCGUCGGUAGAUUAUGAAAAUAUCCAGGAUGAGCCAGAGAAGAAUAACUUGCAAACAAGCCGCCAGAAUCGCAUGGAAGAUACAGUCAUGCCAAUGAAAUUGCUAGACUCCGUACUUGUAAUGCAUUCGUAUCCUAAGCACAGUAUGAGUGGAGCAUUCUUGGCUCGGUUCACCCAGAAAUUCGAACAAGAGAUCAGUUACCACUUUCAAAAUUCCAGGAUUACCAAGGAGAUAUAUCAAGCACAUGAAAUGAAAGACGUUUCAGCGGUCCUGUCUCCAGUCCAUAAGGCACCUCACAAUUUAGUAGUCAGGAUAAUAGGGACGCCAGUAAGCGAUCAGAACAAUCACAACACCAGAACUCUUACUCGCAUGUUCGGAGAUUUAUUACAGUGGCUCAUCUUCAUCAAUACCGCUCUUUUGAGGAUUUCCAAUCAAAAUGAGCUUCUUGAAAAAGAACUACAAGUUCACGAAGAAUUGACCGAUUUUCUUUUGAGGGAGACCUUUGCGCCAUCACGCAACAGUCUUCCCAUCUUGGGAAUAAUCGGGAGAAAUCUGAAUCAACCAAAAACAUUUGGAAUAAUUCAGAUACCUCUUGUCAGAUAUCUCACCAAAAAGUCAUCAACUACCGAGAUCAUCGAGCUCUGCAUUACCAUUCUCCAACAGUACAACAGAGAAGCGAACAAUCAACUCGGUCGUCUUUUAGAUGAAGGACCUGAUUUAAUUCUGAACGUGAAAAGAAUCGUGUAUGAAGCAACUAAGGUUCAAAUGCGCGUCGAUAGAUUCGAGGACUCUCUCACAAUGCCCACGGAUAGGAUUGGAAGUUUCAGAAUACCAGACUUGAGUCUGUUUCCUGAAGCCCUCAAACCUGUACAGCCUUCUUUUACAAUGCCCACUCAGAGAAAAUAUGAAGACUUGGUUAUCAGAGCUUUGGCAUUGGACAAAGAUACCCCCGUUCACAUGCAAAAAACUCUGAUGGUCGGUCUCCCAGUGGAACUGGUAGCAUUCCUAAAAAAGAAAGCACAAGCACCAAUCACAUUCAUAGUCAAGAUUAUUCGAAAAACCGGGAUACGCGACCAUAAGAAGGAACUGUCGAAGAAGUUAACUUUCUUGUUUAGCCAUUUGCAAAUCUGUCAUCGUCUUGUGCUCGAUCACCUAACCUCACUCAAAAACCAACAGGUAGGAAUCCCUACAGAAGACUCCUUUUUCCAAUGGAUUUCAGAUACCCUAAUCGCCCCAGGAAACGAUCAUUAUCCCUUAUUUGGAGUGGUGAAAGGGUUUCAGUCUCCAAAGAUAUUCGAGGCCUCCAACUUCAACGAAGUUCAAACCUAUCUCAUACAUUACCUCAGCGAUCUGGAGUCACCUCGCAUGGUUAUUCAGGUCUCGCUUGCUCUCAUUGGUUAUCAUUACAGAAAUUAUUUUAAGUCUGAUCAAGUCUACUGGACUACUAUGAUUUUCAUUCUGAGGCAUUCUCUUCAUGAAUUUACUUAUCAUCUAGAUCCGAUUUAA